AUGGAGUUAUCAAUAGACGCGCUAAAAGAAAAGUUUCUGAACAUGAAUAGCGAUAUAGAAUUAAUUGAAAGGAAGCUAAAGGAUGAAAUGUGCAAGGUGUAUGAAGAUGAUAUUAAUCCCUUUUUGAUAUUAAACGAUUUUGAAAACAUCAAACAUGAGUUAAGUAAAAUAAACAAGGAAUUAGACAAUUUAUAUGAAAGAAAAAAGAUAAGCAUAAAUUAUAUGCAUAGGCAAAUGCAAAAUUACAAUUUCCUAUUAAAUUUAGAAAAUAAUUUAGAUAUUGCAUCAAAACAAUUUAGUAAUUAUCAUAACUCGGAAAUUAUACUUAACAACUUUUUUUAUGAUAAUAUAAAAAAGUUUUUACUUCAUAUAAAUUAUGAUGAAAUUAAAGAGUUGAUACAGUUAGAUAACCAACAGAAAUAUUUAGAUAAUAAAGAAGUAAAUUCCAAUAGUCAGUUAAGCGGUAGGUAUAAUGAAACAGUCAAUGGUAAAAAUUUACCAACGAAUUGUGCAAACUUCAAAUACAGUGUAAACAGUGGAGAAUUAAAAGAAAAUAAAAAUAAAAUAUUAAAUAAUGAUACCACUACCAAUGAUAAUAAAUUAGGCAAAAUAGGCAAAACGAAUAAUAAAAAUGCAGGUGAUACGGAUUAUUUAUUUAAUCCUAUUGACGAUGCAACAUUUCAGUCAGUUCCUGCAUUAAUUCGAAGGAGAGCCAAGUUAGACGAUAUUAAUGUAAUAUAUAAAGCCUUGUACGAUAUGGCCUUAAAGAAGGGCAGCUGCCUUCCCGUUGAAAAGUCUGAGUUAACUCAAAUGAACUUGCAGGUUUUUGGACAAACAGGUGAAGCAAAAAUAGCUACAUUAAGAUAUUUAAAAAUUAUAGAAGUUACUAACAAUUCACGUGCGCAUUCACAUGAUCCAUCUGUUCGUCAUUUUUUCGUUCAACUUUUCGUGUUUAAUAGAGAUUUGAUGAGCACUUUACAUUUUAUAGUAUAUUUAAUUGAAAUAUUCGUGCUCCACUACAAAUGUAUUUGUUAUUUCUUUUUAUUUCAUUUUAUUUCUUUUUUUUUGAUUUUUAUAAUUUAG